AGAUGUCACUCUCAGUCCAACAUUGCCUUCAAUUGCUUGACAUGUGAUCUGAAAGUCGCUAAACGUUUGCCAUUUGCUAUCAAUUCAAGUGUUAAUUCAAUUGUCAUUUGUAUUAAACAUUUCAAUCAUUGUGUGAUCUGUCGAUUAGAUUUGAAUUUAUAAGCCAUGAGUAAAGCACAUCCACCGGAGCUCAAGAAGUAUAUGGAUAAACGUCUGUCACUCAAACUGAACGGAAACCGACAAAUCAAUGGCAUUUUGCGAGGAUUUGAUCCAUUCAUGAAUCUAGUGGUCGACGAAGCGGUUGAAGAGACCCGAAAGGGAGAGAAGAUUCCCAUCGGAAUGGUUGUCAUUAGAGGCAAUGCUGUCGUACUUCUCGAGUCAUUGGAUCGGAUCUGAUGUCUCAUCACAUUCUUCAUCAUUUCGAUGCCAUUCUUUGGUCUAAAACUCUUUGAUUUAAUUAUAACUUAAUUUUCAUAUCAAUUACAUAUUUAAUUAAAAAUGAUUUGAUGUCAAGAAAUGGAGACAAAAGUAUUAAUUUUAAAA